AUGAGUGGAUUCGAAAAAACUGGCAUAUUUCCCUUCAACCAACAUAAAUUUAAUGACGCUGAUUUUGCAUCUAGUUACGUAACGGACCGUUCUAUGGAAACUGUUAGUAAUGAGCCACAGCCUUCGACAUCGUCCACUCCUCCGCCAACAAUAUUGUCUAAUCCACAACCUUCAACACCGUUAGAUCCGCAGUCAUCAUCAUAUGAUGCACAGAUAUCAACAUCAGUUGAUCCACACGAAUGUUUUUCCCCCGAAAUCGUGCGACCACUACCUAAAGCCGGACCACAAAAGUCAACUAUUUAUAGGAAGCGCCGAAAAACUGCUAUUUUGACGGACAAAUCAGAAAAAGAAAAUCUACGUAAAGAACAAGAAACCUUGAGUAAGAAAAAGGCUAAAGGUGUAAACAAGAAAAGCAAAGCCGCUAAAGGAGUUGAGAAAGUAAAAAAGCUAUUUUACAAGAGUUUCUUCUGGAUUUUCAUUGAACGUGUAAUUGUUGAAUCGACAAUGGGUAAAGAUUACUACAAAAUACUAGGCCUGUCAAAAGGCGCUUCAGACGAUGAAAUAAAAAAGGCGUACCGUAAGUUAGCGCUAAAGUACCAUCCUGACAAGAACAAAGCAGCAGGCGCAGAAGAAAGGUUUAAAGAAGUUGCGGAAGCGUAUGAAGUAUUGUCAGAUAAGAAAAAGAGGGAAAUCUAUGAUGCGCACGGCGAGGAAGGUCUGAAAGGAGGAAUGGGCGGUCAAAAUGGACCGGGUGGUGGACAAUCUUACUCAUACACCUUCCACGGAGACCCACGGGCCACAUUUGCACAGUUCUUCGGUUCUGCCAGCCCCUUCCAGGCUUUCUUUGAUCUCAAUGGUGGUAGCACUGGUGGCACUACGAUGUUCUUCGAUCGGGAUAUGGAUGUCGAUAUGGAUCCGUUUGCAAACAUGGGAAUGGGACAAGCGCGACAAGGCGGGCCCGGUGGCGCGUUCCGUAGCCAGAGUUUCAACUUCCAUGGUUCACCAAACCGAAAAGAUAAGACCCAGGAUCCACCAAUUGAACAUGACCUCUAUGUAUCCCUAGAAGACAUUGCGCGCGGUUGCGUGAAAAAGAUGAAGAUAUCCCGUCGUGUCAUGCAGCCAGAUGGUACAUCUAAAAAAGAAGAUAAGGUCCUGACGAUCCAUGUCAAACCCGGAUGGAAGGCUGGCACCAAGAUCACAUUCCAAAAGGAAGGCGACCAGGGCAGGAAUAAGAUCCCUGCCGACAUUGUGUUCAUCAUUAGAGACAAACCGAAUCCACUCUUUAAAAGAGAAGGCAGCGACAUCAGAUAUACAGCAAAAAUUUCACUCAAACAAGCUCUGUGUGGCACAAUCAUUGAAGUACCAACAAUGUCUGGUGAGAAGUUAACAGUGAACCUCCAAGGUGAAAUAGUCAAACCACAUACAGUAAAGCGGUUCCCAGGAUAUGGCUUACCAUUCCCGAAGGAGCCAACAAGGAAAGGCGACCUGCUUGUUGCCUUUGACAUCAAAUUCCCCGACCGUUUAAGUACAGGUCCUGCAUUUUCCAUCCCAGAGAGUAGUGAAGAUGAGAAGGCAUCGGAUGAUGAAACUUAUAGAAACCCAGGUCCUGAGAUUUUCAUUCCAGAGAGCAGUGACGAUGAAAUCGCUUCAGAUGAUGAUCGUGGAAAUGUAGGUGAAUUUGAAGAAAUUUAUUUAGAUGACGACGCUCUUGAUAAUGAUUGCGACGAAUAUAUUCCUUAUGAAACGGAAGAAGAAGAUAUCUCAAGCAAGCCUUCUACGUCAAAACAGCGCACAGAAAAUAAGAGAAAGAAGGUUAAAUGUGUAUGGUCUGAUGAAAGUAUGGCGUAUGACGAGUCACAUAUUGCGUUUUUAGGAUGCCAAGAUCUCCCAAAUGAAAUUAUGAAACUCGAAGCGCCCAUGGAUUUCUUUAAAUUUUUAUUUCCUUCUUCAGCGAUUAAUUUAAUUGUAAGGGAGAGCAACUUAUAUGCUGAUCAAAUCACCGAAAGCAACCACAAUGAAGUCACGGAAGAAGACAUACGUAAAUUUUUAGGCAUAAUAAUUUAUAUGUCUGUGGUGCAUCUUCCAACAACACGUCAUUAUUGGAAGGAAGGUACAUACAUUGAAAAGGUGGCUUCAGCAAUGACUUGUAACAAGUUUGAAGAAGUAAAAAGGUUUUUACAUUUUUUUAACAAAAAUGAUGAGUUGGAGUCCGGUGAUCCAAAUUUUGACCGGUUACAAAAGAUACGCCCUUUCCUUAACAUAUUGCGUGAAAGACUGUUACAAGUGCCUAAAGAAGAAUACUUGGCAAUUGAUGAACAAAUGAUUCCUACCAAAGCACGUACUUCUGGUAUGAGGCGUUAUAAUGCCAAAAAACCACACAAAUGGGGCUACCUCAAUUAUGUGCUAAGCGGAGCCAGUGGCUUUAGCUACGAUUUUGAGGUUGAUACUGGAAAACACCCUGAUCCGCCAGAGAACUGCCCUGACCUCGGAAUACCAGGAAACAUUGUCCAGCGUUUGUUAAACACUGUUCCUCAAAAUCUUAAUUAUAAAAUUUUUGUGGACAAUUGGUACACUAGUUUGCCUUUGAUGGCCAACUUGCAUAAAAAAGGACUCCUUCCUUUAGGAACAAUUCAGCUCAAUAGAGCACCCAAUAUAAAUAUAGAAAAAAAAACUAUUAUGAAAGAAGAAAGAGGAUAUUGUGCGGAAAAAUCUACCAUUUAUGAGGAUGUCAAAUUAACCGUUACUACUUGGGUAGACAAUAAACCUGUUAGCCUGUGUUCUUCAUACGUAGGCAAAGAACCCAUGGCAAUGGUGAAAAGAUUUUUAAAGAAAAAAAGGGCCAAAAUUGAUAUCCCUUGCCCAAAGGCUAUUACAAUUUAUAAUAAAUAUAUGGGCGGCGUAGACUUAUUAGAUUCUAUGCUAGGUUUUUAUAGGAUUAAAAUUCGAAGCAAAAAGUGGCAUCACAGAUUGUUCUUCCAUUUUAUAGACCUAGUCUGUGUAAAUAGUUGGUUAUUGUGGAGACGUAGAACCAAACAAAAAGGUGAAGACAUGUACAUACCCUUGCUGGAUUUUAAAUUAAUGGUGGCAGAAAUUCUGAUGCAAGAAGAUGCCAGAGUUUUUACACCAACUCGCAGAGGACGACCGCUAAAUGCAAAUAUAGAAAAUAUUAAAAAAGACAAAAAACGACGCCGCAUUGAAUUGCCUCCUGUUGAAGUAGCCGAAGAUGGCUUUAAUCACUGGCCGGAGUGGAAGACUGACCGACAAAGGUGUAAGAUGGUCGGCUGUGGUCAAAAAAACCCAAGUAAUGUGUACUAA